GACGCGUCUGACGCGAUCGGACCUUGCUUACUGGUAUUUGCAACAGCCCAUCGCUGUGUCGAAGCAGCAUAUGGUUGGCGACAUUCACUAUCAUGACGGAAGGCGAAGAUAGUGCGCUUAAGCAGCGGUUACGAGCUGCCGUCCACUAUACAGUUGGAAAAAUAUGUGACGAAGAAGCAGCUUCUUCGAAUAUGAUGCCAUCUCCACACUUUAUACAUGCCCUUUCUGAACUGGUCUAUCAGCAAGCUGAAAUUAUGGCGUUGGACUUGGAGUGCUUUUCAAGACACGGAAGACGCACAGUGAUUUCCACUGAAGAUGUCAAGUUAUGCGCACGGCGAAACGAUAGUGUGCACCAAAUACUAUCUGGCAUGAGUGAGCAGAUGAAGGAAGAGAAAAGCAAGAAGCGAAAGAAGCCCGGUUGAGAUUGAGCCUGCUGAACUCGUUUGCCAUCAUUAUGUACAGCUCUAUGCGAUUUACACCCGGUGCUACUGAUUCGUUAUAUCAUGUAACCCUUCUACAAGUGUGCGAUUUACUUCUGGUUCCAGUUCCGGCUCCUCAGAUGCGAGAUAAUCUAAAACGUGCCUGGCCUCUGCCCAUUGUGCUUGCCUUCUCAAUUCUGUCACAACCCUCAC